GUUGACUGGAAUGAAUCUACCUUCUCCUGUCAUCAGCAGUAAAAACUGGCUGCGGCUUCACUUUACGUCUGAUAGUAAUCACAAGCAAAAAGGCUUUAGCGCUCAUUAUCAAGUUAAAAAGUUGAUUGAACUGAAGUCUCGAGGAGUAAAAUUGCUACCCAGCAAAGAUAAUCAGAAGCCUUCAGUUUUGACUCAAGCAGGAACAGCACAGGGUUAUAAUAUGUGCCCUGACCCAGGAGUUCCUGAAUGGGGGAAAAGAACAGGCGUGGAUUUCAGACUGGGAUCCAGUGUGCAGUUCUCAUGUGAUGAUGGCUAUGAAUUGCAAGGGUCUAAAAGCAUCACCUGUAUGAGAAUGUCUGACUUAUUCGCAGCUUGGAGUGAUCACAGACCAUUCUGCCGAGCUCGAGUAUGCGGUGCCCACCUGAGUGGUCCCACUGGAGUUAUUUCAUCCCCUAAUUUCCCUGUGCAAUAUGAUAGUGAUGCACACUGUGUGUGGGUGAUCACUGCCUCUGAUCCAGACAAGGUGAUUAAGCUGACUUUUGAUGCAUUUGAAUUGGAAAGAGGCUACGACACUUUAACAGUUGGGGAUGGUGGGCAGCCUGGAGAACAGAAAACAGUACUUCAUGUUUUGACAGGGACGAAUAUUCCUGACCUAAUUGUGAGUGUGAGCAAUCAGAUGUGGCUACAGUUCCAGACUGAUGAAACCAACAGUUUGCUGGGUUUCAAAGCUGUAUUUUCAGAAAUAGAACAGGGAACCUGCAGUGAUCCUGGGACACCAGCUUAUGGAAAGCGGGAGGGUACAAGUUUCCUUCAUGGCGACAUUUUGAGAUUUGAAUGCUUGCCUGCUUUUGAACUUGUUGGCCAAAAGACUAUCACCUGCCAGAAGAAUAACCAAUGGUCAGCGAAGAAACCCAGCUGUGUGUUUUCAUGUUUCUUCAAUUUUACAACUCCAUCUGGCAUUCUGCUAUCCCCCAACUACCCAGAGGAUUAUGGCAACCAUAUGCAUUGUGUAUGGCUGAUUAUUGCAAAGCCAGAAAGCAGGAUUCAUCUGGCCUUCAACGAUUUUGAUGUUGAGCCGCAGUUUGACUACGUAUCUGUGAAAGAUGGGUUAAAUCCUGAAUCGCCUGUCUUGGGAACUUUUUCUGGAAACAAAAUCCCUUCUCCUUUGACCAGCAGUGGCCAUGUAUCACGUUUAGAAUUCCUUACAGACCACUCCACAGCUGCUCGAGGAUUUAACAUCACUUUCACAACAUUCCGACACAACGAAUGUCCUGAUCCUGGAGUGCCUGUGAAUGGGAGACGCUUUGGAGAAAGUCUGCAGCUGGGAAGUACUGUAUCCUUUCUGUGUGAGGAAGGAUUUCUGAAGACACAUGGAUCAGAAACAAUCUCCUGUAUCCUCAAAGAUGGAAAUGUGGUCUGGAAUAAUGCUGUGCCAAGAUGUGAAGCACCCUGUGGAGGUCACCUUACUGCUCCAACUGGCAUGAUAUUAUCUCCAGGAUGGCCAGGAUUUUACAAGGAUUCCCUGAACUGUGUGUGGGUGAUUGAAGCUCAACCAGGAUAUCCCAUAAAAAUAACAUUUGACAGGUUUAAAACUGAAGUAAAUUACGACACCUUGGAAGUCCGAGAUGGAAAAUCCUACUCCUCACCACUGUUAGGUCUCUAUCAUGGUACUCAAGUGCCUCAGUUUCUGAUCAGUACCAGCAACUAUCUUUACCUCCUGUUCUCUACUGACAAAAGCCACUCAGAUGUUGGGUUCCAAAUUCGGUUUGAAACUGUGAAACUGCAAUCUGAUUCUUGCUUGGAUCCUGGAAUUCCUGUAAAUGGUCAACGCAAUGGAAAUCUCUUGUAUGUUGGAUCUUCUGUGUCCUUUAGUUGUGAUCCAGGCUACACCCUAAGUGAUGAUGAAGCUCUUGUCUGUGAACCCAAUUACCAAUGGAGCCGUGCUUUGCCUAGCUGUGAAGCUUUGUGUGGAGGUUACAUCCGUGGAUCAAGUGGAACCAUCCUCUCUCCUGGGUUUCCUGAUUUUUACCGAAACUCAUUGAAUUGUACCUGGACUGUGGAAACAUCACAUGGCAAAGGAAUUCAGUUCACCUUUCAUACUUUUCACUUGGAGAGUCCCCAUGACUAUUUGCUGAUCACUGAAAAUGGAAGUUUUGCUCAUCCUUUGAAAAGACUCACAGGAUCUAACCUGCCACCUUCAGUCAGUGCUGGACUCUUUGGGAAUUAUACAACACAGAUCCGAUUCAUCUCAGACUUUUCCAUGUCGUAUGAGGGUUUCAACAUAACCUUCACAGAAUAUGACUUGGAGCCUUGUGAUAAUCCGGGUAUCCCACCAUUCAGCAGCAGAACUGGGCGUCGAUUCGGAGUUGGAGACUCCCUUACAUUUUCAUGUUUUCCGGGGUAUAGACUGGAAGGUGCGUUCCGGAUAACUUGCCUUGGAGGUAGACGGCGUGUGUGGAGUUCGCCUCUUCCAAGGUGUGUUGCUGAAUGCGGGGCAUCUGUAACUGGAAAUGAAGGCAUUCUUCUUUCACCCAAUUACCCAGCUGAUUACAGCAACAACCAUGAAUGCAUCUAUUCCAUUCAAACACAGCCAGGCAAAGGAAUACAUUUGAAAUCAAGAACGUUCAGACUCCAGGAAGGAGAUAUUCUGAAGAUUUUUGAUGGUAAGGACAGCUCCUCUCGGUUACUUGGCACCUUCACUGGAUCACAGAUGCUCAAUAUUGUUUUGAACAGUACGUCAAACAGCAUGUGGCUUGAGUUCAUCACAAAUGCAGAGAACACCAGCAAAGGAUUUGAGCUCCUCUUCUCCAGUUUUGAAUUGAUCAGGUGUGAAGAUCCAGGGACCCCACAGUUCGGUUUUAAGAUCCAGGAUGAGGGACACUUUGCUGGAACCACUGUUGUUUUUGAUUGUAAUCCAGGGUAUACCUUACGUGGGAACUCUGUACUCACCUGCUUAACUGGAGAUCGCAGGGCCUGGGACAAUAUGCUGCCUUCCUGUGUAGCUGAAUGUGGAGGUCACAGCAUCGGAGAAACUUCCGGAAGAAUCUUUUCACCUGGGUACCCAGCACCAUAUGACCACAAUCUUCACUGCACCUGGUCUGUGGAAGCAGAUCCUGGCAGUACAAUCGGCAUCCACUUUCUAGUCUUUCACACGGAGGCUGUUCAUGAUGUUCUGAAGGUUUGGGAUGGGCCGCUGGAGAGUGGCAUUCUGCUGAGGGAGAUGAGUGGCUCCACACUGCCUCCUGAUAUCCAGAGCACGUUUAACUCCAUCACACUGCAAUUUGACACAGACUUCUUCACAAGCAAGCAGGGCUUCGCCAUUCAGUUCACAAUUUCCAGAGCUACUUCGUGCAAUGACCCUGGGGUUCCUCAGAAUGGCACUCGAAGUGGAGACAGCAGAGAGCCACAAGAUUCAAUUGUGUUUCAAUGUGACCCUGGAUAUGCCCUACAAGGAACAGCUACCAUCACGUGUGUCCAGAUUGACAAUAGAUUCUUCUGGCAGCCUGAUCCGCCCACAUGCAUAGCUCCUUGUGGAGGAAACCUGACUGGGCCAACAGGAAUCAUCCUUUCUCCCUUUUACCCUGAGCCUUAUCCUCAUGGCAAGGAAUGUGACUGGAAAGUAACAGUGUCACUCGACUAUGUCAUUUCUCUGACGUUCCUAAGCUUCAGUGUGGAGCCCGGCUAUGAUUUCCUUCAUAUCUAUGACGGACCAGAUUCUCUCAGUUCUCUGAUUGGCAGCUUUCAGGGCUCACAGGUGCCUGACAAAAUCGAGAGCAGCAGCAACAACCUUUUCCUGGCCUUUCGCAGUGACGCCUCAGUCAGCAUGACAGGAUUUGCUCUUCAGUAUACCGAGAACCCCAGAGAAUCUUGCUUUGAUCCUGGAACCAUCAAGAAUGGGACAAGGGUGGGAACACAUCUAAAGCUUGGAUCCACAGUGACAUUUUACUGUGACAGUGGCUAUGAAAUCGUCGGUUAUUCAACUCUGACUUGCAUCAUGGGAACAGAUGGAAAACCUUCCUGGAACAAACCUGUUCCAUCCUGUUCAGCACCAUGUGGAGGUCAAUACUCUGUAUCAGAAGGUGUCAUUUUGUCUCCAAACUACCCAAAGAACUACACUGGUGGACAGACAUGUUUAUAUUCAAUCAUUGUGCCUAAGAACUAUGUGGUAUUUGGCCAGUUUACAUACUUCCAAACAGCACUGAAUGAUGUGGUGGAAGUGCACGAUGGCCCAACCCAACAUUCGCGACUCCUCAGCUCACUCUCUGGCUCCCACACAGGGGAAUCUUUGCCACUGGCCACCUCCAAUCAAGUUUUAAUGAAGUUCAGUGCCAAGAGUCACGCAACAGCCAAAGGCUUUCACUUUGUCUAUCAAGCGGUACCCCGGACAAGUGCCACACAAUGUAGCUCGAUACCUGAGCCAAGGUAUGGCAGAAGAAUAGGAAAUGACUUUGCUGUGGGCGCCAUUAUCCGCUUCGAAUGCAAUCCAGGUUACGCUCUCCAAGGUUCCCAGAACAUAGAAUGCCUAGCUGUACCUGAUGCCUUGGCACAGUGGAAUGACUCUGCACCAACUUGUUCAGUACCUUGUGGAGGAAAUCUCACUGAACGAAAGGGCACGAUUCUUUCACCAGGCUUUCCCGAUCCUUAUCAGAACAGCCUGAACUGUUUAUGGAAAAUCACAGUCCCUGAAGGAGCUGGCAUACAGAUUCAAGUUAUCAGCUUUGCUACUGAGCAUAACUGGGAUUCACUGGAGGUUUUUGAUGGUGGUGAUAUUACAGCAACAAUGCUUGGCAGUUUCUCAGGCACCACAGUCCCUGCUUUGUUGAACAGCAGCUCCAAUCAACUUUAUUUGCAUUUCUAUUCUGACAUCAGUGUGUCUGCAGCUGGGUUCCAUCUGGAAUACAAAACUGUAGGGUUGACCAGUUGCCCAGAACCAUUGGUCCCUGCUAAUAGUGUGAAGACUGGUGAGAGAUAUCUAAUUAAUGAUGUUGUGUCCUUUCGAUGUGAACCAGGUUAUCAAUUGCAGGGGCACUCACAUAUUUCCUGUAUGCCUGGAACAGUCCGCCGAUGGAACUAUCCACCACCACUGUGCAUUGCACAAUGUGGAGGGACUUCCACGGAUACCAGUGAUGUGAUCCUGAGUCCAGGUUUUCCAGGAAAUUAUCCCAGUUACAUGGAUUGCGUUUGGAGAAUUUCGUUAGAGGUUGGAUAUGGAGCAUAUAUUGAAUUUCGGAACUUUUCUACUGAACCUAACCACGAUUUUGUCGAAAUUCGGAAUGGACCACAUGAUACAAGUACAGUGAUCGGCAGAUUCAGUGGAGCUAAGCUGCCACCUUUUCUGAUGUCAACCUCUCAUGAGACAACCAUAUACUUCCACAGUGACCAUUCGGAAAACAAACAAGGCUUUGAGUUUAUGUACCAAGCUUAUGAGUUACACGAAUGUCCUGAUCCUCGACCGUUUGCCAAUGGCAUUGUCACAGAAUCUGGUUACAAUGUUGGACAAUCCAUUUCAUUUGAGUGUUUGCCAGGCUAUGAACUUAUCGGCCACUCUGUUCUAAUCUGUCAACAUGGAAUUGACAGAAACUGGGAUCACCCUCUACCAAGAUGUGAAGUUCCUUGUGGAGGCAACAUCACCACUUACAAUGGCACAAUCUACUCUCCUGGCUAUCCAAAUGAAUAUCCAAACUCUCAGGAUUGCACAUGGCUUGUGACAGUGCCUGUGGGCUAUGGGAUUUACGUCAACUUAACUGUGCUGCAAACUGAACCUGGCAAUGACUUCAUUACUAUAUGGGAUGGAGCUCAGCAAAGUGCACCUCAGCUGGGGGUGUUCAGUGGAAGCUCAACUAAAGAAUCCACAUACAGUUCUUCAAACCAGAUUCUUUGCAAGUUCCGCAGUGAUAUGGCAAAUGGAGGUCUCUUUGUUUUAAACUUUUAUGCGUAUCAGCUGAGGAAAUGUCGCCCUCCUGUCUCUGUGCCAAAUGCUGAAAUAUUCACUGAAGAUGAAGAGUUUGAAAUUGGUGACAUUAUCAAGUACCAGUGCCUCCCUGGAUUUACUCUGAUUGGAAAUGAAAUAUUAACGUGUCGUUUAGGAACACACCUGCAGUUUGAAGGACCUCCUCCAUCAUGUGAAGCACAUUGCCCAAUGAAUGAAAUACACACAGAUUCCUCAGGAGUCAUCUUGAGUCAAGGCUUCCCAGGAAAUUAUCCACAUUUUCAGACCUGUUCAUGGAUUAUUAAGGUGGAUCCAGGCUUCAACAUCACACUUCUAAUUGAUUUCUUCCAGAGUGAAAAACAGUUUGAUGAACUGGAAAUAUUUGAUGGGGCCUCAAGCCAAAACCCACUGCUGAUCUCUCUCAGUGGCAACUACACAUCUCCAAUAACUGUUGUCAGCUCGGGCAAUAAGGUAUACCUCCGCUGGUCAACUGACCAUGCCACCAGCCGGAAAGGCUUUAAGAUCCAUUAUUCAGCCCCUUACUGUAGCCCACCAAGCCCGCCAAGGCAUGGCAUGGUUCACACUCAAACUGGAGGCCUACCCGGCAGCAAGGUGCAAUUCAGCUGUGAUCCAGGUUAUCGGCUGAUUGGACAGGCUGUUGCAACAUGCUCUCGAUCCCCACAAGGCUGGUAUAACUGGAAUACUAUUCCUCCUCUUUGUCAAGCCGUUUCUUGUGGUGUUCCAAAAGCCCCAGAGAAUGGGACAGUCUUUGGGAGAGAGUACACUCUUGGAACAAGGGCCAUAUAUCAGUGUAAUGAAGGAUAUAGGUUGCAAUCUGGUGAACUAUCAACUGCCGUCUGCCAGGAAAAUGGAAAAUGGAGCAACAAUGAUUACCCUCCACUGUGUGUGCCUGUGACAUGUCCUGAUGUUAAUAGUGUCCGUGUAGAGCAUGGGAACUGGAAGCUAUUAUAUGGAAACCCAAAUCAAUAUGGAGCUCAAGUCAUUAUCAUUUGUGAUCCAGGAUAUUACCUGCAAGGACAUAGGGUCAUCAAUUGUCAGGCUAAUGGUACUUGGAGUGGAGGAGAGCCGAAGCCUAGCUGUAAAAUCAUCUCAUGUGGUGAACUGCCAUUUCCUCCAAAUGGCAAUAAAAUUGGAACAUUAACAGUAUAUGGAGCGACUGCCAUCUUUUCCUGCAAUACCGGAUACACAAUGGUAGGAUCCCGGGUACGGGAAUGUCAGGCCAACGGGCUGUGGAGCGGAAUGGAAGUGAAAUGCCUUGCUGGUCACUGUGGGAUACCUAAGCCCAUUGUCAAUGGUCAAAUAAUUGGAGAAAAUUUCAAUUAUCGUGGGACAGUGGUGUACCAGUGCAGCCCAGGUUUUCGCUUGAUUGGAACUUCAGUCCGAAUUUGCCAACAGGACCAUCAGUGGUCAGGCAGAUCACCUGUAUGUGUGCCUAUUACGUGUGGACACCCUGGUAAUCCAGGUAACGGCGUAACACAUGGAACACAGUUUAACCUGAAUGACAUUGUUCGGUUCACCUGUAACCCAGGAUAUACACUUCAUGGGACUGUUAGCUCCCAAUGUCAAUCUAAUGGACAAUGGAGCAACUCACUUCCGACUUGUCAAGUGGUCAAUUGUUCAGAUCCCGCACACAUUGAAAAUGGUAUUCGUCGGGUGCAAAUAAACGUCGCACAAAGAUUCAGUUACGGUAGUACUGUGUCGUAUGAAUGUAAUCCCAGAUACUACCUGUUGGGAUCAGAUGUUUUGACGUGUCAAGGAGAUGGUUCCUGGGAUCGAUCUCUCCCAAAGUGUUUGUUGAUAACAUGUGGUCAUCCCGGAAUUCCACCUGGUGCAGAACUGUACGGUGACCAGUUUACAGUUGGCUCCACUGUGCGGUAUUACUGUGAAAGAAAUCGUCGCUUGGUUGGAAAUGCCACUCGUAUCUGCCAGCUGGAUGGGCAUUGGAGUGGAUCAUUACCACAUUGCUCAGAUAAUAAUCUUGGAUACUGUGGUGACCCAGGACUCCCAGCACAUGGCAUUCGUUUGGGCAAGGAUUUCCGAGCGAAGAACAUACUUCGAUUCACAUGUGAAGCUGGUUAUGUUCUUAAAGGAUCUUCGGAACGUAUCUGCCAAUCAGAUGGAACCUGGACUGGGAUCCAGCCAGAAUGUGAAGCUGUGUCCUGUGGAAAUCCUGGAACACCGCGUAAUGCUAGGAUAGUGUACAGCAACAAACUGGUUUUCUCAAGUUCCAUUACCUACGCAUGUCGGGAAGGCUACUAUUCAACUGGCUUGCUAACUAGACACUGUACUGUGAAUGGAACGUGGACCAGUGUUCCUCCGCAAUGCACAGUGAUAAAUUGUGGUGACCCUGGAUUACCAGCAAAUGGAAUCAGACUGGGCUCUGACUUCACCUAUAACAAGACAGUAGUUUUCCAGUGCAUGCCAGGCUACACAAUGGAUCCUUUGAGAUAUUCUUCUCUCAUCUGCACCAGGGACAGAACUUGGAAUGGAACCAGGCCAACCUGCAGAUCAAUCACAUGCCAAUCUCCUCCGAGAAUCCUCAAUGGAAUUGUAGUGGGAAAAGACUUCAGUUGGGGGGCCAGCAUCAGCUACACAUGUACUGAGGGAUACCAGCUGUCAUUACCUGCUGUACUUACCUGUGAAGGAAAUGGGACUUGGACUGGGGAGAUCCCACAGUGCUUUCCUGUGUUUUGUGGAGACCCAGGAAUCCCAGCACAAGGAAGGCGAGAAGAUCGAGGGUUUACAUACAAAUCUGCUGUUUUCUUCACCUGCAACCCACCACUGAUUCUUGUGGGAUCGCCUAGGAGGUUUUGCCAAUCUGAUGGCACCUGGAGUGGAACACAACCAACCUGUUUGGAUUCAACACAUACCACUUGCGUUGACCCAGGGGUGCCCACUUUUGGAAUACAGAACAAUUCCGAAGGUUACCAGGUUGGAAGUACUGUGGGGUUCAAGUGCCAGAAAGGUUAUCUCCUUCUUGGAUCAACCACACGCACGUGUCUUACCAAUCUUACCUGGAGUGGUACUCCGCCUGAAUGCAUUUCACACCACUGCAGACAGCCUGAGACUCCUCCUCAUGUGAAUGUGGAAUCGAUCGACCUGCCUUCACUGGGAUACACUUUGAUUUACACAUGUCAGCCUGGCUUCUACCUUACUGGAGGGUCGGAGCAUCGAACCUGCAGGCCUGAUGGAAGCUGGACAGGAAAACAGCCUCUCUGUUAUGCAGAUACCAGGCCAAGUGGGAGACCAAUUGGAACAGUCAAGGAAAUUCCAAGUACCAAACUUUCAGUUCCACCUAAUGUCUUUGCUCAGAAUUCCCUCUGGAAAGGCUCUUAUGAGUACCUUGGGAAGAGGCAGCCAGUGAUGUUAACAAUUAAUAGUUUUAAUCUAUCAACCAGUCAAGUUAAGGCAACUCUUCUCGAUCAGAGUGGAGUAGAGCUUAGAUUGAAGGGUUUCUACAAAAAGGAAGAACAUCACCUUCUUCUUGAACUAUAUACAAUCCGUGGUCCUGUUGAAAUGUUUGUGCACAAGUUUAAGAAUGACAACCUGGCCCUCGAUGGCUAUGUUUCAGCAGAGGCUUCAGGCAGCACAUUCGUGUACCAAGGAUUUGUACAAGGCAAAGACUUCGGACAGUUUGGUCUCCAAAGAAUAGAUCUGCACAUGCUGGAAGCUGGCACGGACUCAAUAGGGCACCACUUUAGCACUAGCAGCAGCUCAGUGGCUGUUGCCAUCCUCGUGCCUUUCUUUGCCCUGAUAACGGCAGGAUUUAUAUUGUAUCUCUACAAACACAGGAAAAGGCCAAAAGUACCAUUCAAUGGUUUUGCAGGCCAUGAAAAUACAAAUGGUCGAGCAACUUUUGAAAAUCCCAUGUACGAUCGAAAUGUUCAAUCCUCUGACAUUGUGGCCAAUGAGAUUGAAGUGACAGUGAGCACUGUAUGCACGGCAGUAUAGCACUUACCUUUGAACAAACCAUUGAAUGCUGAAGUCCAGAAUCACUUCAUCAGAUUCUACUU